AUGUUCUUCUACCCUCCAACAGCCGGCCAGGAGUGUUCUUCAGGCGAGAUCAGGUGUAAAGAUUCCUCGCGAUGUAUUCCCCUCCGCUACAUCUGCGACAACGACAACGACUGCGGCGACAAUUCCGACGAGGACGGCGAUCUGUGUGCAGCUUGGCGUUCCGAUUCGUGCGACCUAGGCUUUCAUAACUGCGAGAGAUUCGGCGAUGUUUCAUGUGUUUCGAUUCAGUCGUAUUGUGAAGAUUCGAACCCGCAGUGCAAUGGAUCCCUUGAGCCGAGAGUUUGCCAAAUCUUGAGGGAUGGGGCGAUCCAGAAUUUAUCGUCGAUAACAGUCUCUGGUGUUACAACCAACCUGAACAAGAGCAAAAUUCGCGGGGAAGAGCUGAAGCAAGUCGUGAACUUCACCCUCAGUCACCCUGCCUGUCCACCUCUGUUCACCCUCGUCGGGGACCAGUGUCUGUCUAUCCUGUUUGUCAAUAACGUGACAUGGGGGGAAGCACGCCACCUGUGCCGGCUCAUCGGCGGCGAUUUGAUCACUUUUAAGAACGUCAGUCAUUUUGCCUCUGUCAUCCAGCAUUUGAAGGAGACGAAGUUGAGUGCGGACUUCUGGGUGGGCGGCCAUUACGUGGACAAGGAAUGGACUUGGCUGGAUGGCUCGCCUAUGGAACAUGGAUCGCCUUUCUGGACUGUUAGAUACAGCGACAUUUGUGGAUAUCGUGAAGUGACCUCAAGUCUCAAUAUCACCAGGCGCGCAAACAACGGUUCCUGUUAUCGUUAUUUUCAAGCACCCGGUGAAUUCCCUCGAGGAGAAUGCGUAGCUCUUACAUAUGAACAUUUUUACUACAUGAGUGACGAAGAUUGCUUGCACAGGAAGAGUCCCCUUUGUGUUGCAACAGAUCGAUAUUAAAAUUGGAGUGAGAUGUUGCAUCAUUCUUUUUAUUUCAAGAUCGUUUGAUUUUUGUAGGUUUUUUUUCUUUUCUUUUUCAUUUUUUUCGACGUCAAUAGACAGAAGCCGCGCUUUGAAUGGUUUAUUUUCAACAUGGCAUUUUUUUGUCCUCAGACUGCCCAUUCAUUUAUUUCUGAUUGGCGAAGGUAAUGUAUUUGUGCAGAAUUGGCGAAAUAAAAAUGAUGUAAAAAGA